UGGAUGAAGAUCCAGAAGGUUACAGGUGCAAAUUCGAUUGUAUUGAUAAAACUGUUAAAAGUGAAGUUAUAAAUAUGAAAUUUGAUGAAUUGAAUCAAAAGAAUGAAGUUAAGAUCAGAAUCAUAUCUAAGGGCUCGCAUAAAAAGAAGUCAUUCGAAUAUCAUAAAUAUGAUGUGAUCUAUGAUAUAACAAGUGCAUAUUUUAGUGAUAAUGAAGACUCAAAAUGCAAAAUUAAUAAAAAGUACUACAAUGUACCUGAUAAUGAAAAGAGAGUGAUAGACAACCAUCGGUGGAAUGAAUCGGAGAUUGAGAUCGAUCAAAUGUUCCUGAUCUUGAGGAACGAUAUUGAUG